AUGGCCGACUCUUCGUCUUCAAGCUUGAGAGGCGAAAACAGAUCGCGCCGUUCCUGGACAGUAUCUGCAGAAUCAAGUGCAAUCGAAAGCAAUGGUCGCUCAUCACAGGAUUCCCACCUCGAAAGGCCGAAAACCCAGGGCGGAGAAGUAGCAGAUCCCAAGGCUGGUCCUACUGGAUUCUCAAAGCUACUCGAGGCGCGUCGGAAGAGGAAAGAGAAUAAAAAGAAGAACCAAAAAAACAACAACGAGCCGGCGGUGCCGACCGUGGUCUUGGAAAACGACCUACAUGAAAGUCGGUCCAACCAGUCUCGGGAUGGGACCUCCGCACCCCCAUCGUCGAAUGGAGAGAGCUUUGCGCUGGAGGGCGAAGGCAAUAGUCUGUUGACCGAUGACGAAGAGCCAGAUGGGCCUCCACCGCUCACCUCGCACAGCUCCCAUGCCGGAUUCUACACUUCCUCCUCCCCAUUGUUCAAGACCAGAUCUGUAGAUGCCGCAAACACGGAAGACCCUGAUGCUGAUGCCGAGUCAGCUGUUAGCGGUCCUAGUGCCACUGGGUCAGAAUUAAUUCCGGGUGAAAGAAUGUCCCGACGCGCAACAUCGGGUAUGGCAUUGGAUGUCCCCACGGACGCAAAUGGCAAUAAACGGAGUAUAUCCCCUGGAAGGCGCUUCAAAGGCGGUUUUGGCUCAGACAAGAAAGGUGCCAAAGAUGACCCUGAGGCUUCAUCGGCCAAGUCUGGGGGCAACAAGAGCGGGCGGGGUCUGUUCGGAGCCAGCCGGCGGAGCAGUCUUUCAUCGAAACGAGCACUGGCAGCCCCCGGCGAUGUUCCGCCUGUACCUGCGCCAAUUCGUACUGAUCUGACGGACGACAAGCCUCGUUCGCUUGAAGCGAGUCCCAUGCCGAACACCCCACCUCAUACCGCUAUUCCUGCGCCAGCGACAACUGUAACCCCCCCAACACCAACUGAGUACCGCCCUCUCAGCGCGCAAAUCAUGACUAACAGUGUUACUGAUUCGCCCGAGUCUCUACACUCUGAAAAUUCUCCGUCUUCCGGAGUCACUACCGUGAGCCCCUCUGGAAACAUGAUAUCUCACCGUCGGGUGCGGUCCGCUUCUGCAGCCCAUGGCCCAAGCAAAUUGUCCACAUCAGUGUCUGCACUGACACCUCUUGAAGAAAAAACCCCCGGGGUGAAGAAUGCGCCUGCAACCCAGCAGAUCGGUUUCUUCUCCUCGGUAUUUUCAGUUGCGCAAAACGCCGCGACUUCCUUCAGUAACAGUAUUAACGCACAACAGAGAAAUCGUCCAACUUCUCAAACUGCUCCUGCUGAUGCUGACAAAUCUCUCAAUGAAACUACUUCGGAGGAGGGCGAAAGAACAUCUGAUAACGGCAGCAAGAUUGCCGAAGGGAGACCAUCUGCGGUAGAGACUCUUGGGGCAGGAGAUCUGGACUUCAGCCAUCUGGACAUGGACGCACGGCCCGGUGAGUCAAUCACGACUGCCGACGGCGUGGUGAUUACAAAGCCAGGUAACCCCGCUGACAAGCGCAAAAACACAGCUGUUUCCCGGCGAGAUGAGGAAGCUGCCAAACUUGAAGACAAACGCGCAGCGCGCGCCGUUCAAGUAGCAUACGCAAAGCCCUCGGAAGCUUCAUUGGCAGGCCCCACAGAAGACGCCCUGGAGAUUCAGUCUACCAGCUCACUUCCGAAAGAUGGCCCACUUAUGGGUGAUCAAACUCCCCCCAGUGGUAGUGUCAUCGAUGGUGACCUGAGUGGGGGCCUCAGACGCACUGGCAGUGUGCGCAGUAGACUUGCUCGGCGUCAUCGAGGCUCGUCUGGGGCCACGGCCUCGACAAUCGGAGCGAUUGGCGCCGCUGCCGUUGCGCUUGGUGCUCCUGGAGUCAAUACCAGUGUACCUCGGUUGACUGGCUUUGCGGUUGCGAGUAAAAAGCGCAAUCGGGACUUUCACCAAUUAUUCCGGAGUGUACCUGAAGACGAUUAUCUUAUCGAAGAUUACAGCUGUGCUUUGCAACGUGAGAUCAUUCUUGCUGGCCGCAUCUAUAUCUCAGAAGGGCACAUUUGUUUUUCUAGUAACAUCCUGGGAUGGGUCACGACUCUAGUGAUCAGCUUCGAUGAGGUUGUUGCCGUCGAAAAAGAGAGUACGGCCAUGGUGUUUCCUAAUGCGAUUGCCAUUCAGACACUCCACGCGCGUCACACUUUCCGCAGUUUACUCAGUCGCGAGUCCACAUACGACCUAAUGGUCAACAUCUGGAAGAUCAACCACCCCACCAUCAAGAGCUCUGUUAAUGGAACCCGUGUGGCCCAUGGUACCGGUGAUAAAACAGAGAAAGUUGAGGAGGAGGAGAGCGAUUCUGAGAGCGAUGUCACCGACGAAGAUGAAAUAUACGACGAGGACGAGGAAGGGGACCAUGCCGAUAGCUUCUUUGAGGCUGGUGACAGUGCCAACGCCAGUGCAACAUCAUUGCCAGUGCGAAAAGGAUUAAGCCGCAAAGCCUCCAGUCUGUCCGCGAAUGCAGCCUUGCCAGCGGCCGGCACAAAUGGCAAUGGCGAUAAAAAGAACAGCGACAAAGCCACUUCCAAGGAGGAGCCUGCUGAUUUCCCAGGUCCGGCUACGCACGAACCCACCGAAUACGUUGACGCCAACGGACAGUACGAAAAAGUCAUCAAAGACGAGACAAUCUCGGCACCACUCGGCAAGGUCUUCUCUUUGGUUUUCGGCCCAGCGUCUGGCGAAUUUAUGACCAAGUUCCUUUCCGACAACCAGAAAUGUUUAGAGCUACAGUUUGAGGGAACACCAAAGGGUUUGACGACUGAAGCUCCAACCAGGAAGUACUCAUACAUCAAACCUCUCAACGGCUCCAUUGGUCCGAGGCAGACAAAAUGUAUCAGUACGGAAACCUUGGAUUUAUUGGACCUUGAAAAGGCCGUCCUUGUCACUCUGAGCACGCAAACACCUGAUGUACCCAGUGGGAAUGUUUUUGCUACCAUGACCAAGUACCUCUUCACAUGGGCUCCUGGCAACCAAACUCGCUUCCUCAUGACCUGUACUAUUGAGUGGUCAGGCAAGAGUUGGCUUAAGGGUCCUAUUGAGAAAGGUGCCAUUGAUGGGCAAACGACUUUUGGUAACGAGAUUGUUAAAGCCCUGCAGGCUGGGGUUAUUCCCCGUGGGCGUGUCAAUGGCGCUGGACGAGGCAAAGGAAAGCGCAAGAAGAGCGAUGGCGCACGGCGGGAGUCGACCGCAGCUGCUUCGUUGAAGGUUGCUGUGGAUCCCAAAGCCGGAAAGGGAGAAUCAUGGGGACUAUUCGAACCAGUCCGCCCCCUCCUGGAGCCCUUCACCAGCAUUCUCACUCCGUUGUGGAGUAGCAACUUUGCUAUCCUAGUUAUUGGAAUCUUGUUCUACAUGGCAUUCUUCCGAUCCUCGCCAUCACCGCCCAUGCUUUCGCAUGAAGUCGGCUGUCCUGGUCACAAUUUGCCUCAGAGACUGGCUGCAUACGAGGAGAUGUGGCGACGCGAAGAGACCGAGCUGUGGAACUGGCUGGAAGACCGAGUUGGGAUGGACGGAAUGGUCUUUCCAAACGUUUACCGAUCGCCUGAGCCCCACCCGAGUCGCAGGUCAUCUGGAGCUAGUACCAGUGGUGAGCGUGAGCUCGCUGCGCGCCUUCGGGAAGAGAAGAUCUCUGACCGUGAGAUGGACCAUGCUCUCCGCACCACCCGUCAACGUCUCGAGGUCCUCGAGGAGAUGAUGGGCAAACGCAAAGCCCAAUGGGAAGUCGAAGAACCAGUCAAGUCUGAAUUGUGA